GAUGGCAGCACUGUGCAGUGGUUGUAGUGGAUAUUAUGUUGCUUCCUGUCUGUACUUUGGACUCCAGUGGCCAUUGCUUCUUACAGCACGUUUCCUAGAAUAAUCGUAGCUGCAGACAUGACUGAGGUUCCAAUCAAAGAAGGUUCCGUGAAGGUUUCAGGACAGACACUAUUCUUUCGGGAGGUCGCAGCAGUGCAAAGCUCUCUCUCUGGCCCUCCUCGCCAUCCCGUUCUUUUACUUCAUGGCAUUAGAUUCUCAUCUCUGGAGUGGCAAACUCUGCACACUCUGGAAAAACUAGCAACUGCAGGACAUCGUGCUGUGGCAUUAGACUUGCCAGGCCUGGGAAAGUCCAAAGAGGCUGUUGCCCCAAGUCCCUUGGGAGAGCCGGCUCCACCUGGAUUCCUGCAGGAGGUUCUGGAGGCACUAAACAUGGUUCCUGCAGUGGUUAUCAGCCCUUCACUUAGUGGCAUGUAUUCCCUUCCACUGAUUUUGAAUCAGCAGCAGUACCUUGCAGCAUAUGUACCUGUAGCACCCAUCUGCACAGACAAGUUUCCUGUUGAAGCAUAUGCUUGUGUGCAGGUACCCACUCUCAUUGUAUACGGGGACAAAGACGAGCAACUUGGAGAAGUAUCACUUCGUAAUCUGAAAAACCUGCCCAAUCAUAGAGUACUGUGCAUGCAAGGGGCAGGGCAUGCUUGCUACCUGGAUGACCCAGAAACCUGGCACAAAGGACUUCUGGACUUUCUGGGCAAUUUGAAAUGAGUGGAAAGUUGCAUAUCAGGGAAUCUCCUAGUCAACAGUAACACCACUUUUAUCAAAAAGGAAAUCGAGGUGCUUGGGUUUUUGUGAUUAAAUGAUUGUAACAAAUGUGAGCUCUGGGUGUAAAUGAAGAUGUAAUGGAUUUAGAGAGCAGAUAUAGUGUGUGCUAUGAAAUAUUUGCAUUAAAUAUGUCAAUAUAAAUGCAGUUCCCUAAUGAUAAGUGCAGCAGUUGAAGAAAAUACGCUAAAUCAUUAAAGGGAGACUCCACUGCCAAAAUUAUAUAUAUAUAUAUA